AUGAAGCCUUCCGUCGGAAUCCGAGGCAGGUGGCUGGCGGCGAGAGGCUCACCACCAACACUGGCGUUUAUCAGUCAGCCUCCGAGACGAUCCAUCACUACGGCCGCAGGCCGCAGAGCGGAAGGCCGCCUUGCCUUAUUAGAGGCGGCAGGCUUUGACCGCCAGGUAGUGGUGAAGAUGGCGUCGUCAUUCCCUCAAGUGCUGAGCUUGGAUGUGGAGAGCCGCAUUGCCCUGCUAGAGGCGGCGGGCUUCGACUGCAAGGCCGUGCUGAAGAUGGCGUCGUCACAUCCUCGAGUGCUGGGCUACGAUGUGGAGAGCCGCAUUGCCCUGCUAGUGGCGGCGGGCUUCGACCGCAAGGUCGUGCUGAAGAUGGCGUCGUCGUUUCCUCAAGUGCUGGGCUUAGAUGUGAGCCGCAUUGCCCUGCUAGAGGCGGCGGGCUUUGACCGCAAUGCCGUGCUGAAGAUGGCGUCGUCACAUCCUCAAGUGCUGGGUUACGAUGUGGAGAGCCGCAUUGCCCUGCUAGAGGCUGCGGGCUUCGUCCGCAGGGCCGUGCUGAAGAUGGCGUCGUCACAUCCUCCAGUGCUGGGCUUGGAUGUGGAGAGCCGCAUUGCCCUGCUAGAGGCGGCGGGCUUCGACCGCAAGGCCGUAUUGAAGAUGGCGGCGUCGUUUCCUCCAGUGCUGGGCUACGAUGUGGAGAGCCGCAUUGCCCUGCUGGGGGCGGCGGGCUUCGACCGCAAGGUCGUGCUGAAGAUGGCGUCGUCGUUUCCUCAAGUGCUGGGCUUGAAUGUGGAGGGCCGCAUUGUCCUGCUGGGGGCGGCGGGCUUCGACCGGAAGGUCGUGCUGAAGAUGGCGUCGUCGUUUCCUCAAGUGCUGGGCUUGGAUGUGGAGAGCCGCAUUGCACUGCUAGAGGCGGCGGGCUUCGACCGCAAGAGGCGGCGGGCUUCGACCGCAAGGCCGUGUUGA